UUGCGCGGUGGGCGGGGCUUCCGCCGCUGCUAGUUGAUUAUGUGCGGUUGACGCUCGGAAGUGAUCCAUGUGUCUGAGCUGCACCAAUACACGGUCACCGGAUCGGCCUGUUUAACUCCCAUAGAGCGUUUCUUGCAGUUUUCAUAGGUUAUUCACGGCAUACCGACGCGUGUCGUCCUAUCAUCAUGUCUAAAGACACGGAGGCCAAGAGCGAGGAGAUUAUGGAGUCGAGGGUGCUCUGGUACCCGGACUCGAAACGAAACACACAAAUGGACCGAUUCCGGAGUCAAGUGAACCGAGUCUUCGGGCUGCAUCUGGCUAAUUAUAAUGACCUGUAUCAGUGGUCUGUGGACUCUUAUCCAGAGUUCUGGGCACAGGUUUGGAGAUUCGGUGGCAUCACUUGUUCAAAGAUGUAUGAGGAGGUGGUUGAUGUGUCUAAAAGGAUAUCCGAUGUACCUGAGUGGUUUAAAGGCAGCAGACUGAAUUAUGCAGAGAACCUGCUCAAACACAAAGAUCAAGACAAAGUGGCUCUCUAUGCUGCAACUGAGGCAAAAGAGGAGAUCGUGAAGGUGACUUUCGGAGAGCUGAGGCGUGAUGUCGCUCUCUUCGCUGCUGCCAUGAGGAAGAUGGGCAUCAAAACUGGAGACAGGGUCGUAGGAUAUCUUCCCAACGGGAUUCAUGCUGUUGAGGCUAUGCUCGCUGCUGCCAGUAUCGGUGCCAUCUGGAGUUCAACCUCUCCAGAUUUCGGUGUCAAUGGAGUUCUCGACCGAUUUUCUCAGAUCCAGCCCAAGUUGAUCUUCUCAGUAGCAGCUGUUGUGUAUAACGGCAAGCAGCACGAUCACAUGGAGAAACUCCAAAAUGUUGUUAAAGGUCUCCCUGACCUGAAGAAGGUUGUGGUCAUUCCAUACGUUCGCUCUCGACAGGAGACUGACCUCUCCAAGAUUCCCAGCAGCGUGUUCCUGGAUGACUUCUUGGCCACAGGUAAAGAAGGGGAUCUGGACCCUCAGCUGGAGUUUGAGCAGCUGCCCUUCUCUCAUCCUCUCUUCAUCAUGUACUCUUCUGGCACAACAGGAGCUCCCAAGUGCAUGGUGCAUUCUGCUGGGGGCACUCUCAUCCAGCAUCUUAAAGAACACAUUCUCCAUGGCAACAUGACCUACAAUGAUGUCAUCAUAUAUUACACUACGACGGGCUGGAUGAUGUGGAACUGGCUGGUGUCCUCUCUAGCCGUCGGUGCUUCUGUGGUCCUGUACGAUGGUUCUCCUCUUGUUCCCAGUGCCAAUGUGCUCUGGGACCUUGUGGACCGUCUGGGAAUCACGAUUUUUGGGACUGGAGCGAAGUGGCUGUCUGUGCUGGAGGAGAGAAAUCUGAAACCUGUAAACACACACAACCUGCAGACCCUCCACACACUCCUCUCUACAGGAUCUCCAUUGAAGCCUCAGAGCUAUGAGUAUGUGUACAGCUGUAUUAAGAACAAUGUGCUACUGGGAUCCAUAUCAGGUGGCACAGACAUCAUUUCAUGCUUCAUGGGUCAGAACAUGACGGUGCCUGUUUACAGAGGGGAAAUUCAGGCCCGAAAUCUGGGCAUGGCCAUCGAGUCCUGGAACUGUGAAGGUAAGCCUGUUUGGGGCGAGAGCGGGGAGCUGGUGUGUUUGAAGCCCAUCCCGUGUCAGCCCACUCAUUUCUGGAACGACGAGAAUGGCAGCAAAUACCACAAAGCCUACUUUUCUACCUUCCCAGGAGUCUGGGCCCACAGUGAUUACUGUAAGAUAAAUCCAAAAACGGGAGGAGUCGUCAUGCUGGGGAGAAGCGACGGAACAUUGAAUCCUAAUGGAGUUCGGUUUGGGAGCUCAGAAAUUUAUAACAUUGUGGAAGCCUUUGAGGAAGUUUCCGACAGCCUUUGUGUCCCUCAGUACAACAGCGAUGGAGACGAGAGGGUGAUUCUGUUCCUGAAGAUGGGACCCAAUAAGAGCUUCAGUCCGGAGCUAGUGGGGAAGAUCCGCAGCGCUAUCAGAGUAGCUCUCUCUGCACGACACAUACCAGCCUUGAUCCUGGAGACCAAAGACAUCCCGUACACUAUCAGCGGAAAGAAGGUCGAAGUCGCAGUAAAGCAGGUGAUCGCAGGUAAGGACGUCACUCAGCGAGGGGCUUUCUCAAACCCAGACUCCUUAGACCUCUACAAGAACCUACCUGAACUCCAGAACUUCUGAGCGCUUGCGUGAGGUACAUCUGAACUCCUGAAAGUCCUGCGUUUCUGGGUCCCUUCGGAGGGUUCAGAUUCUACCUGUUGGACCUUCUGGAGGAAUUCUUAGAACUUUUUAAACAUCAGAGUUCUUCGUUUUCUCUACCUGUCGCUGCAAACUCAACUAACCGUUGGAACAGAUGGAGUCUGUAUAUAGCACUUCCUCAAAAGUCUAACUGGUUCCUCUUGGAUAGAAAGUUGUGUGCCAAUUUAUGGGAUUCCCACUUGGAUCUUAAAGGGAUAUUUUAACUGCUUUUCUGUUAUUGCGUCCACCAAGCAUUA